GUGUGUGUGUGUGUGUGUGCAUGAUCGUGUUCAGCCUCUUUCUAUCCUUUAACUUGUACCGCUACUAGCAAUUGGCCACAAAGCAACAGCGAUAUAACAAGAAAGCUGUAAAUCAACUAUUUGGAGGACUUGCCAACCAUUCAAACACAGACAUGUGAUCUAUGGUUAUCUCUAAAACGAAGCUCAAGCAACCAAAGCAUGGUGCUGGACAUCUCCAUUUGAAUUUGAAUUUAUCUACCUUGAAAGCAACAAGAGCACUUAUCAUCAGCCUUCCAUCCAACAGGAGGAUUGAACCCAGAUAAGACAAGGACGAACUCAAGCUCUGGUCACCUAUUGACCAGGGCACAGUGAGGAGGGACAGUAAUGCUAAACCAAUGGGAUGUACUCUUGACGGCCACCUCACUUGUGCCUUUGGCCAUGUUUGUUCUGAUUUGCAUCUGGUGCAGACAGAGAUCCAAAAUAAUAAGGGAAGAGAACACCUUUUAUGAAGAGAACAUGCCCCAGGAAAGAGGAUUUGUGGUCCGGUCCAAAACAGUGACAAGGCCUAAUAAGAUUGUGAAGAAGCCUGCUCCACCCGUGCCAGUGGAGAAAGAUGGAGAGGGGUUUACAGUUUCACCAGCCAAUGGUCAACACAUUAGAUAUGAAAAUGUUAAUUUAGGGGCCAGUGCUGCUAACAAUGACGAUGGCCGUGAGCCAGCCUACGUAGAUCCCAUUGCUGCCCCACCCUACCAGAACCUUGGCUUCACAAAGAAGAAGUCUGACAGCGAUGGGUCCUACGAAAAUGUGUUCACUUGUGCAUCUAAGCGCAACAGUGUGAAAUCAGUGGAAUCAAUGGAUUAUGAGAAUGCUGCCUAUCUGAACAGUAUCAAGAAGGACAAAGAAUUGUGUGGAAGUCCUCCAGAUGAUGAAGAAGGGGACUACAUUAAUGCAGCAGUACUGCCGGGUUCCAUGAAGUUAGGUCUGAAAUAAGCAAGUUGGGAAAGAAGAAGCUGCUGAGACGAAAGGACGUAACCCACAAGUCUCCACCUCAACCCAUGAAAGAAGCAUGAAAUUUGUAGCUUCAAAACAACAUUCAGAAAGUCCUUCUUCCUCACUUAAGCAGCUGCCCAGCUUUCCUGUGCAUUGCAACAACUCAAGAGUCACAUUAAGGGCUUUUUAUUAUUCUGCACUUCCUGUUGUUGGCUGUACUGCACAUUUCCAGUGGGACAUGUUGUCUCAAGAACUGUCUUGCAUCUGACUAGCGUCAGAUAUUACAAGGAUUCGAUGAAACUCUUUUGAGUAUUACUGGGUCACUUCUGAACGUGACUUGCAUUUAAGAAAUGAGAGAAAAUAAAAUGUAGCUUGACAAGCACAGGCAAAGGCCUAACCAAUCAUGGGAAAGCAUCCUUCAGUACAACUCCACUAUAAACGUGAAGAAACGAGUAGGACUCGGAGUGACAGUCACCGCUGGGCUUUGUUUUACUGCCUGCUGGUUGCUCUGCAAGAGACACCCUUCGGCACAUUGGUCUGCACAUUGGUGCAAGUGUGCGUAGCUCUUUCAAACAUGUCGGUAUCCUGGUGUGAGUCGCUGGGCGUACAAUACGUCUUACAGAUCUCGUAGCACAUCUGAACUACAGCGUGAGGAGAAGAGUUAGCUUCAUAGUGGGCCAUCCUACUGUGUGACGUGCACAGUUGAGCACAUGCAUAUUCUACAUGAGCACGGGCUGAAUGUACUGUUCAAAAACUAAACUCCUGUUCAUAUGUAGAACUGUGUGAACUAACCUUAAAAAAGGCCUUGUUCAGUCAUGUCACUUUUUUCUUACUCUAUCUAAUUAUUGUAUGGUGUUCUUGUCUCAACAGCAGAAGCGUGCCAAAUAAAUUGAUCUGAAUCAUA